UUUGAUCGGAUCGGCAAUGGAUCUGCUCCCAGUGGGCCGGUUUGGCCCGAAAGCCUUGACGGAGAAAAUGGGCACCAUCACGCGGAUGCUGCCAGACGGUACGGUCGGUUUCCUGCGUGGCAACUGCCGUAAAGACUCGUUCCCCGACGGUGGUUGCGUCCUGGCGACGAACCGGGUACAGUUGGACGCUACCGCGUGUGAGACCGGUGAAGUGAGAAACGAUGACGACGAAAUCGACCUAAGCCGGUUCGCUAGUGAAAAAGAUACACGUGCGUACUUUAAGCGAAAGUUGGCCAUCUUCGAAGCGUCCAUGAUGACGCCGAUCGCGGCCAACAGACGUCUCGCGGCAAGGAAGUUGGAGAUGGAGGGCGGUUUCGGUGAACCGUACGCGCCCGAGGGUACCGGAUCGACCGACGAGUUGGAUUGUAUUCCUCCUCGACAGCUGCUCAUGUACUUGGUGAGAAUGGGCUCGUUCACGUCAGCACCGCAAAUAAAAAAUGUGGACUAUCAGGAUGAUAAGCUGGAAAUUACCGAGGGAAUGUCCGUGUCGGAUCUUGUCGAUUACUGCCGGAUAGCACGGGGUAACGAUCGUCCGGCUCUGGUGAAACGUAAAUUUCUUAAAGCCGUUGAUCGUCUAAACAGGAACGAUCUUACGGACGGGUUCAAAAUGCUCCAACUAGAUUCGAUAUCCAAAACAUGCAGCGAACCAUCGCUUACGGCUACACAGCUACGAAUAUUUCAAUGGAACAUGCUCUCACAAACGCUCGGUAUGCACAAUGACGGAUUCGUACGAUGCCCGCUGGAAGCACUGACGUGGGAUUGUCGACGGUAUCAGCUCAUUGAGGAAAUUGUACAAAACGAUCCAGACAUCGUCUGUCUGCAGGAAGUGGAUCACUUUAAAUUUCUGCAAAAGAUACUCAGCACGCAAAACUACGAAGGUGUGUUCUUCCCCAAACCUGACUCGCCCUGUCUGUAUAUCAAUGGCAACAAUGGUCCGGACGGGUGUGCCGUAUUUUACAAGAAGGACCGGCUAGAGAUGGUUAACCAUUUUACCCGCGUGCUGGAAGUGUGGCGUGUGCAAAGUAAUCAGGUUGCGAUAGCUGCCGUUUUGCGAACACGUGACACACAGCAAGAGAUUUGCGUCACCACCACACACCUGAAGGCCAGAAAAGGAGCACUACUGUCCAAGCUGCGCAAUGAGCAGGGCAAGGAUUUGCUGUACUUUAUCGACGGUGUGGCGGAAAACCGGCCCGUCAUCCUGUGCGGUGACUUCAAUGCAGAACCGAUCGAACCAAUCUACAGUACGGUGCUAAACUAUAAAUCUCUCGGAUUGGCCAGUGCAUACGCGGAUCUGCUGGCAGAGGAAUCGCAAGACGAGAACAACCAGAACGCACUCAACACGAAGUCGGUGUGUGAGCGCGGUAGCCGUAGCAGUAUUGGAUCAGCGCACAGUAUCAACGACGAUUGUGGACUUUCGAACGGUGUACGGACGAUAGCGGAACAGUCGGCCGCUUACGAACCACCGUACACGACGUGGAAGAUUCGGGAGGAGGGUGAAGUAUGCCAUACGAUCGACUAUGUAUUUUAUUCCAAGGACAAGCUAACGGUGAAAAAUUGCCUAAUGUUCCCUUCCGGCGAGGAAAUCGGUGUCGAUCGCACUCCAAGCUUCCUAUAUCCUUCGGAUCAUUUUUCGCUCGUGUGCGACAUCGAAUUAAAGCCAGCGACGGGUGACGGUCAAUCGGACGUUUCAAGCUCCAUACCGAACCAUCAGCUGUAG